AAACUCUACAACUUUGAUGGAAAGUUAUGUCCAUUACCAAAAUUCGUAAAUUUAUUUCAGCUGUAUUCAACAUUUUCAACAUUGAAUGCUGCAUUUGAAAUAGUAGAUAUAAAGCCUCUUCCAGGGAGAAAACGAAGAGAUACGGAAGAUCAAAAUAAAAAGAAAAUGUUCACUCAUUUUGUUGUGUAUGUGUUCAACAGUAUAAAUUAUACAACAUUUCAAGGGAUGUGGAAUAAUAGGAAAGAUGAUGAGAUUUUAACACGGUUAAGUGUUAUUAUAGAUGUGGAUGAUAGCCAAUCUUCCCUUUUCUCUGAAACCGUGGGAACCUGCAGCAUCCACAGCCUUAUCGAUUGCGAUCUAUCGACGACAACUUGUAAAUACGAAAACGGAAAACAAUUUUGCGAGUGCAAAAAGGGAUUUGAAGGCUUUAAUAUCUACCAUACUAGCUGCAGUGAUAUCAAUGAAUGUGCUCCGGGUAAUGAAGUUUGUGAAGGAAAUUGCAGCAACACGCUGGGUUCCUACACAUGUACCUGCCAACCAGGCUUCCAAUACGAUGGAAUACGUCAAUGCACUGAUUUAUGUAAGCCUAACCCUUGCAAGAAUGAUGGGCAAUGCAUUCAUGGAGAACAGGAAAACCAAUACCUCUGCAAGUGCAAGGAUAACUGGGCAGGUCAAAACUGUGAUGAAGAGAAUCAGGAAACUAAAAAGUUGAGGACAAUAGCAAUAGCAGUGGGAUCUGUAUUCGGGGCUGGGUGCCUGCUCUUGCUGUGUGUUGUGUUUGGAAUGUAUAGACGCAACAAAGCAAUGAACGGUGACUUCUACACCCGGCGACCUCUUUCGAUGGAUUUCGACGACAGCCGCUACGACCUGCGUGCAACGUCCAUACCCAUGAGGAAGGACGACUUCCCUAUUGACGACGAUACAUCCACCGCGUUCAGCAUUCCCCGCCCUGCUGUUUCCACGACCAAUGCUUACGAUCCAGUUGGCCAAAAGUCUGCCUAUGAUUUGCUCGAGGAACAGGAAGCUGCGAAGUACACCUAUAAUGCUCUUAGCAACAGGGGAUCCUUCAUGGUCGGAGAGGCCAAGCCGCUGACGGAGGAGGGAAGACCGGAAGGGGAGGAGUUAGGCAAGGAGAACCCGUCAUUUGUGCACAGCGAGGCCUCCGCCAGCUCUACGAGGAGGGCCUCCAAAAACCCGUAUGAGUACUUCUAGACGUGGCAUCGAGUGCGUCCAUUUAAGUGUUGAAUUAUACUAUAUAUAUAAUAUAUAUUAUCCCAGAAAAAGAAACUGAACAAUAUUUUGUUAGAUAAAACUCAUACUUAAACGGAUUUCUUGCGACCGAUAUGCUUCAAUCAAAUUUGAAAAUAAACAACACAUAAACUAAACUCACUUUUUUUGCUUCUUUUAAAUAAACCUACACAUGAUCAGUAUAAUGACAUUAUGUGUAUAAUUAUUGUUAUUCCUCGCUGUAAGAAAUAAUAGCCGACACAAGGUAUCACAGGACAUAUUUUUUCAAAGCGAAGAAAAGUAGCUCAGACGCAAAUUUCCAAUUGCUUUUGGUAAUUUAAAAUAGUGUGCCAUAAAUACGUUCAUCAUUUCAAAACGUGUUCAUGAUAAGGCUCGUAACCUUUAUUUUUCUGAUUUUAAUGUGCGUACACAAUGAUUCUUGUCACACCGUUACCGGAAAAGAGUCUGGGCGAUGGAUUUUAAAUGUAUUUGUUACUCAUGUAAAUGAGUUACCCUUAUGUAAUACUGAAUUAUUGACCGUUUAUCUUCAAUAAGUGCACGUACCGACCUGUUUGGUGAAAUAUUAACAUAUGCGACACUUUUUGUAUACACAUAAACAGAUUAAUAUUAUACGUUGUUAUGUACUUCUUAGUUCAUUGAUUAACGACCCUUUAUGUAUUAAAAAAGGGCUUUAUAGUUUAUGUUUGAUAUUUUUGUUCAGUUUUGUUUUUCAGCCUUAUGUAAAGAUUUUUUUUCAUCGAGUUAUUUGUUGUUAUUGGAAGUAUGCUUUUGAUGGUAUAAACAUUUUCGUUUUGAUGUCUUGACCACUUUUUUUUUCGUUUGUAUUUGAACUCUAAUUAUUAUUGAGUGCUAGGUGAAAAAAAUGUAAAUUGGACACUCCAAACAGAUGUGCCUUUUUGUUUUAAGAUUGAGUUUGCAUAACAGGAAAAUCACAUAAUGUGUGUAUAAUUUAAAAGUAAUAACAAUAUUCACAAACUUUCAAUUAUUUAAAACGUCAUUUUUUCAUGGACUUUUAACAUGGUUUGGUUGUACUUGUUAAGUUUAAACAUCUUUACGGUUUACACCUGUUUCAUCAAAUCUAUUUUUACCAUUGUGAGCACAUUAAAAUGUCUUUAUUUGCUUUUCUUGUUGCUACUAUUAAAUUUCAUCAUGAAUACUAACAAUAUGUAAUAUCUCAUUAAAAAAAACAUUUUACAAUGUUACAAUAGUUUAAACUUUGCAGAACACAAUCCUUUGUGUCUGACACAUUGUUUCAUUGUUAAUCUUUUAAUUGUGUGUAUGAAAGUAUGUAUAUGCUGAAUUGAUGACAAUUUAUUAUGUUGCUGUUGUUGUUUUAUUAUCCAUAGGCUAUUUUUGACACUGUGAUACGUUUCUGUAAGGGACGCAUGCAAAAUGUGAAAUAUUUAAGGAAAACAUAUUUAUUUUCACAUGUGGCUUAGCCUAUAUCCAUAUUCAUGUAUGUAUUAAGGUAGAAUUGUGUUGUGAAUUGUUCCUGUAUUUUUGCAUGCACCUUACUCUUGUGGCAAGAGCAUAAUAAAUAAAGAACUAGUACUAGAGCAUUGAAUACCAUGGGUCAAUCAAAACAUUAAAACAUUACUAAUAUUAACUAUAUUACAGUAUAUAAGACUUUGUCUUUUGAUUCUAAUAUGCAUUUAAUAACAAGACUGCUUGUAAUCUAAUUUUUGUUUGAUACAUUGUUCUUUUCCCAUGUAAAUGUGUGAUUUAAAAAUCAUUUCAUGCACUCUUUUAGAAAAUUUUAUUUUGAAUGUUGCAUUGAAAAAAUACAAUGUUAUCAUGAAAAUCAAAAUCAUUGAUGCGUGUAUGUAUUUCUGGACAAUAUUCAUUUGAAAUGAAGUUGAACGUUAUUUGCAUUGUUUCAUUUUCAAUUCGACACAAUCACUCUCCUUUAUAUAUGACUUUAUGCAUAAUUAUCUGUAUGUAUCGGUUGUUUUCUAAGAAAUUAUUCCGCAGUUAAUCAAAGAGAGUUGAAUUUGUGUUUAUUCGGAUUUUGGUUUUGUUUCAUUUUGCUUGAGAAUAUGUGUCCUUUUUCUUUUAAGUCUAAAGCAAUAAAUUUGAUCAAAUUAA